UACAAUAGUAAAUGUAUAGCGAGCACAGGAAACAAGCGACAGUCUAGAAACUGCCUCACGCGCGUUCUCGUUUGCGCGCGGCGGGUGCCCGGCACUGAAUGGACACACCCAAAAAAAGGCAGAAAGAUCACAAAACAUAAGGAAACAACAUCAGAGGGUUGCUUGCAAUAACUUCGUGCACCAAAAUGCCCUUGCAGCCAAUUUUAUCCUUCCUCAAAAGCAAAGAGUCCAUUCUCUUCAAUUCAGUUGUUGCCAUUUUAACUGUCGGCGGGCAACAACUUUUCUCUUUUUUUGCUUUCAGUUGCCCCUGUAGCCCCUCUAAGAACCUGAACUAUGGGUUAGCCUUCCUGGGAGUUCCCGCGCUAGUGCUGCUCGUUGUGGGCUUUGCUUUCAAUGACAACACCUGGAGGCUGCUGAUGGGCUCCUCCAAUACACAUGCAGUGCAGGAGAGAGGCAGACAGAGCAUUACUAUGAGGUACAAGCUCAUCUGUUUUGUGUGUGGGAACAUCACCGGCAGAGCAAUGGUAGCUCCCAUCACAUGGCUGGCUGUGACGCUGCUCAAUGGCUCAUACUAUGUGUGCGCGCUGAGUGAGUAUGCCGAUGUGGAGCAGUAUGACAUCCUGCGCUCACUGACGGAGGCCGAGCGGAGGCGCUUUCUUUCCCAGUUUCCCUGCGCGCAGUUUGUGCCUGCCAACCUCACUAGAGUCAAGGACGAGGUGAUCCUGGAGCUCAAGUACCAAUCUCAGGUGGCUGGAUGGAUUUUGGUUGCAGUUGUGGCAGUUUCUAUAUUUGUAACCCUCUGUGUAGCCAGAUGUUGCUCUCCACUAACUUUUUUACAUCUCAAGUACUGGAGCAGCUAUGUGAAUAAUGAACAGAUGCUCUUUGAGCAAGCAGCAGACCAGCACUCCAAGAUCUAUGCCUUGCUAAACAUCAAGAAGUUCUUUGGCUUCUCACCUGGAAGUAAGAACAUAACGGAAAUCCGUAUCCCUUCCCGCUGGGACUGGAGAACAAUCUCUGGACUUGACCUUUUGAAAACUAUUGAUGAUGAGCAUUGCCAUUACAGUCUUCUCCAUUCAUGGGCUGACUUAGAUCCUGCAGAUGGGAAAUUAAUUCAUGUUAAUUUAGAAAAUACCCCUGGCUCAGAUUGACAUUCCUAAGCUUUGCCUUUUGACAUGUUAUGGUUAAGGUUGAGUAACCUGCAAAUUUUCUCAGAUUUGCACUGUUUUUAGUUUUAUUCGUUUUUGGACUUAAAUAAUUUUUUGUAAUUUGUUUUAAACAAAAUGUAUAAAGAACUAGCACCAUGUAAA